GCGCCUAACAGCGGCCGAUUGGAGGUUUUGUUUAAACGUGUCUAGUGCGCGAAAGACAACUUACUGAGCUGGAGGCGCCGAGUUCUUUUUACCCUUUUUUUCAGGAUGUAACACACCCUUUCUCCAAUUUGGGGGUCUAAAACGAAUAUUUAGACCUGGUUGCCGCUGUUAUCGUCCAGUGUUGAGGGUUUUCGCUGGAAAAUUUCUUGAAUGAACGUGGCCGAUCGACGAAGUGCCGGAGUUCGCAAGCACAGAGUCAUACUUACUGUGUCUUUGAUAUUAUGCAAUGGAGAGCUAUGAAGACAUUGAAGAUGAGCCUUUUCCAAGCUACUAUUCUUACUCAGAGGACAGUGAAGUUACUGAUCUGUUUAAACCUGUGGCCACCCUUGAACCAUUUCCAGAUUACUUGUUGGCUCGGGAUGAGAGAGAAUUUGAAAAUGGGGGAGAUGAUGAUGGUGCUAUUACAGCUCGCAGCAUUUAUGAUCUUCUGCUUGGUGUCCAGGAACAAGUAGAAGAUGAGGAGGAAGGGGAGGAGCAGGUUGAGGAGGAGGAAGAUAUUUCUCCCAGAGCUGACACUCCAGUCAACCAUUAUAGUCAAUCUAGCUUGCCUUUUCCAGUGCAUGAGCAUAAAGAAGCUAAUGUUUGUGGAACAAUUGCUUUACCUAUCAGGACAACAGAAUUGGAUACUUUAAUGGAUACCAUGGGGAACAUGAAUGUUACUGGGAAUUCCACAUCGGCCUUUGAAAAGUGGACUGCAGCUGAGCAAUUAAAUUGCUCCUCUCUGAAAGGUGGUUUUCAACAGAAUGUGACUUUUGAAGCUAAGAAUGGAUCAUGGGACAAUGAAUUGGCAUACUAUCAUUCUUUUCAUAAUGAAAUGGAGGCUAAUUUAUUUAACAAUACUCCUUACUGGUUUGAUUCAGAAGAAUUUGUUUCUGCCGUUAAUUUUAAAGAACAGCUAAUUGAGGACCAGAAGGAGUUUGAGAGAGAGCACCGUUUCAUACAGGAAGAAAAGAUGGACGGUUUACGUUCAAGUCAAUAUGGUGAUACUUCAUGGAGGUUACCUAAUUCAAGUUAUAUUCAUCUGAGGGCAUCACAGGCUUCAUCUGAUUUUGACAAGAGCUGCUUUGAGACAUCUUUAGGGCACUUCUUCAGUAAAAAAUCGGAACCCCUUGGUUUGCUUGGUGAUUAUGAGGAUGUGAAACGGCCGUCAUUUGGAUAUCACAUCAAAUCUCCAGAAAAAAGGAAGCCAGUUGCCUUAAUUAGCCCCAAGUGCCAGGACCCUGAUGAUACCAAACUUUCUGCAUAUGCAGCCAGUGAAUUGAGAACAGAGGAUUUGACGGAUCAGGAUGAAGAUAAAGAAAUGCACCCUCUUAAUGUUGCAGAAGAUGAUCUAAGUGAUAAAGAUGCUUCAGAAUUAGAGCUGCAGUUGUCCUCUAAGAUUAAGGACCUUACCAGCAGCAUCAAAUCUACUGGAGGCAAUGACAUUUUCAGUUUAAGUACCAUUGGACGUGCAAUUGCCGAUGCCUCAGUGAGCUCUGAUCCUGUAGACCUUGCUAAAAUGAUACUCAACUUGUAUAACAUAAAACAAGGUAGACUGCUUUCUAAUGAAGGAAACUGUGAACCUGCAUUAGAUGGAGAUCACAGUGAGAUUCUUGAAUUUUUGCAGAAGACUGGUGAAGUCAGCAAAUUUGACUUUGAAAAAUACCUUAAAAUCUCAGAAUGUGCCCUUAAGGAUAGUCCCUCUGUGUCAGCUUACACUUUUGACACUUUCCAUUCAAUGAAUUUGCCAGUCACUCCAAAAAUUAUGCCUGAUUCACAGCAAGAUGUGUCAACUCUAAAAAAGCAGAAUUCCACUAUGUGUAAUUUUGAUCUGGAUGACAUCAGGAGGGAUUGCUUUGCUAAUGAAGAAUCCAGUAACUCUGAUGGAGGUUAUUUGAGUGACGGUUUAUCAACAGAAGCAAAGGGUAACUGUCCAGACCCCAGUUAUUUGCAAUCACAAAUACCAGUAAGUAGCACGAGAGAGUUUUGUCCUCCUCCUUCUGUUAACAGAAAUGUUACAUCAGAAAUUUCCAUUAAACCCACUUGUCUGCAAAGCAUAAUUGAAGAAGAUUUUUUGUCACGCGGUUCUGUUGAGGGCAUUAAUAAAACUGAACAAGUAUCAAGACAUUUGGAGAAAGAGCAGAUGUUUGCUUCUGGAAGACCUGAUCGUUCACAUGGAAGCAGUAUUGGCAGUUCACUUAGUAACCAUUCAAAAGAGGAAGAUUUACUUCCUUCACAGCCCUCAGUUGGUAACAUGGAAGCUAUAGCCGAUGGUCUUUCAGCGAUACAGAAACAGAAGGAGUCCAACCAGUGCAGCGAAUCACGGCGUGUCAUUGCCACAGAUGAGAAUUCAGCCGGAGAAACUGAUGCUAAUCAAAAGAGGUCAGGUUUAAGCAAACCCUUGUCCCCUGAGGAAAAUCAGGGUUAUGAAGAGAGUCUCUUCAGUUUUAGACCAUCCACAUCUCCAUUAAGUCAGUCUUCCCCAAGCCAAGUAUUGGGAACAGGAGUUUCAAGCACCAGCGAUAAUUGUGCAGCUUCACUGAAGAGAGACAUUUGUAAAAACACAUCCUAUCCUUCAAAUUACUCUGAUAUGAGUCUUAGUAGAAUGACCUACAUUUCUGUCGCCGAUACAACCUUGCAAAACAGCCUAGACAGCACAAAGAGUGAUAACACAAUUCAGUUAAGCACUACCAUUGUCCGUGCAAGUCCAACUUCUGCAGUGGAACAGAAUCUCGGUUGCAGUAAAGAUUACUUUAAGACAUUGGAGAAGAAUGGCAGCUCUUCAGAAAGUAUGGACAAAGCUAAAGGAGGCAGCGUUGAAAGACUGCAAGUUGCUGAAUAUAAAAAAUAUGGCAAGACUAUUGAAUCUACUUCUGCAGCUUUUGGAACUGUAUCAGCUGAAAACAAUCAACUGUGUUCCAGGAACAGUGACCCAAAAUUGGGACAAGGAAACUAUAAUAGCUUAAAUAGGAAUGAAAAGGGUGAACAUCAAAAAGAUGUGCCCAGAUUGGAUACAGAAAUUGACUACAGAAAAUGUUUAUCAGCUAGUGAGGGAUCCGAUUCCAGAUUUAAUCAGUUUAUGUGCCCAAAAUCUCAGAUUGCAGGCGCUGAAGGACAUAAUUCUGUUCCUGGUUUCCUUAUGAACAAUGCAAAUUCAGCUGCUCACCAGUAUCUACAAAACAUGUUACUAACAUCCAAGGUACCUUUGGCUAUUGAAGCAUCUGUACCUUUUUACAAUGUUCCCCCUGUGCUUCCUAACGAUGGUGUUCCUUUAGGACUUGUUAAUAUGCCCCAGGUCUGUAGCUUCCAUCCCUGUGUUACAGAUAUAAAUAAUCUUCGUCCCAUGAAUAUCAACAACACAGAUCAAACUGAAAGAUUUGGGAUUAAUGUAAGAAACGGACUAGGAAUUUUAAAUGAUAACAUCAUUGUGCCAGAUGAAGUGAAUUUUCCAAGUGACUGUUGUGUUGGCAUUGCCUCUCAAACCUCAUUUUCUGUUCAUAAUCCAACUGAUUUCUGGCUGAAUGUGAACACGGUAAUCAGCAGUGUAUCGAUUAAUGGCAAAAAAAUUGAUUUUUUUCCCUGUCAGUGGCUGUCAGUGAGAAAGAUAAAUGUGAUUGGACCUCGGACCACUGAAGAACAAAAGGUGCUGUUCAUUCCUCCUCAGCCUGGUGUAUACAAGUGUGAACUGAGCAUUUCAUCCUGUCCAGUCUGUGCGGAUAAAGAGGUAGCUGCACAGGCUCAAGUGCUGGCGAAGAAAGUGCUGAUGUUGGCAAAGGCAGAAUAUCCAAAUUUGGAGGUUGACUUUGGAAUGUCCGAAAUUAUGGAAUUUGGAGAUGUGGUGAAUGGCACUUUGAAAGUCCUUCCACUGAAGCUUAUUAACCAUUCAUGUAUGCAGUUUCCAAUCAGACUUGUUGUUGAUGCAACUGCUGCUGCAUGGCGCUGCUUCACGUUCUCUACCAAAUCUGGCGAGAUGACCACCACAACUACAAAUCAGGUUGAAAAAAAUUCUUCCCUGGCAGCUCCAUCUGUAAUUAAUCUUGUGAUGCCUAGUAGCACUUGUAGUAAAGAAGCUGAUUCCUUUGUGGCUCGGGUCCAGUUCUGUGCUCCACAAAAGACUGUGUCUGCUUUAGGUGAUCUUGGACCUGCAGAUGAGUACACUGCAAGAAUUGACAUUGAACUCGAUAGCCCAGGGAGCAGCUAUGUUAUUAAAAGCAUACCUCUCCAUGCCAGAGCUGGAGUGGCAAGAGUACAUGCUCCUAAAGAUCUGCAGAACCUUCAUCUUUCAGCCCCUUUUGGCACUAGAGCCCAGCAGGUUUUGCCUUUAAAAAAUGCGGGCAAUAUUGCUGUACAUUUAAGUUUGAAGAUCUCGAAUUCCAAGGAUUGUUUUUCAGUAGAACCGGAGUAUCUCUCCCUCCUUCCUGGGGAUGAAAAAAAAGCUGUCAUUUCAUUUAUCUGCAACUGCAGUGACGGUAUCAAAGAAAGCAUUGUGACAAUUUUAGUUCUUCCUAAUGGCCCGCAGUAUGAAGUGUUUGCCAAAGGAGAAAUGUCCAACAGCAUUAAAAAUCCACUUCCUAGUUUGCCACCAGAUGAGCAGGGUGAUGUAAAAGUGCCACUUAUUCUUUCCAACAAACAGUUUGUGGCAUGGGAAGGAGUAGCUCUUGGAGAAGCCUUGCAAAAGAAACUUGUCUUGAGAAAUAAUUGUGACAGCGGUAUUCAGCAGCUUCGCCUUCAUAUAAGGGGUCAAGAUCAGGAUUGUUUUAAGAUCCAGAGUACAGUUGGAGAAGAGAAAAUGUUAUCCAGUACUCAAGACCUUACCAUCGGACCUAAAGAAGAUGCACCUAUUUACCUUCUCUUAACUCCAACCCGUGUAGCCUGUAUGCAUGCCAUACUUGACAUCAAACACUCCGGAAUGCGCUUUUCUCGACCAGGAAUUAAAUUUACGAUUCCACUGUCUGGCUAUGGUGGAAGAAGCCAUAUUAUUCUGGAAGGAGUCCAGAAGUUAUAUGAUUCCUAUGCAAUUACAGUGAAUAACGAUACUUCUAAAGACAUGAUCAAAGUUGACUUUCGUAUUCGAAAUGUAGGAUCACGUGCUGCUUAUGUGAAAGCUAUUCCAUUUGUUGAUGUUCAGAGAAAAGCAUUAAUGGAUCACAAGGUCAUGCAUGUAAUUCCAAAAGAGUUUGUUUUAAAGAAAGAUGCACAUGAGGUGGUUUCAUUGGUAUUCAAUAAAAGGAGAGGCAAACCAUUAUGUGAAACCAAAAGAUCUCUUUUGUGUACAGUCUGUUUCUUCUCUGGAGAUGAGAUUUCAAGACAGCACUAUAGAAGGUGUUUGUCUAAUAAAAAUCAGACAAACAAAACGUUAAUUCCUCUCAAUACUUUGAAAAAUGUUGAAUUUGAUGUAAAAUUCCAUGGUGAAGAGCUGAUAUCUGAAGUGUGUGAUCUGCCACUUCGACCAAGUGAUGUUCAGCUCUUCUUUGGCAGUAUGUCAAAGACUAUGCUUGCAGUUUUUGAAAAUGUGGACGUGAAAAACUGUGGUGUUACACUCCAUCAAUCUUGCUCAAGCCAUGACACUGAACAAGACAGUGAUCGUCAGAAUUCAAAUGAGUUUAUUGGUAACAGUUUUCUAGAUAUGCUUCCGGUGAAAGGACCACAGGGAGAGCCAUUGGCAUUAAACAUUCCUGAAAAAAUGUGUAGACCUUCAUCUGCCAUUAAAGACUCCUGGAGUGUCCAGCCUGAACAAUUAGUUUUGAAUAACUCAUCCACAAUUGGUGGUCGCAUAACAAUAGUCAACCAUUCAUUGAGAGAUCUGAAUUUUGAGCUGUCUUGGCCUGCUCACUGCUUAACAAUCAAUCCACAACAUGGGAAUAUUGAGCCAGAAGGCCAGUUGCAGAUUCGUGUGAGUUCUUGUCUGUCUGUUACUUCUAGACCUUUACAGUUACCCUGGAGUGGUAACAUACACAUCCAGUGUGAUGGACAGCAGAAGUCUGUUAAAGUCCAAAUCAGGGAAAGUCCUGCUGCUGAUGGAUCCGUUUCACUGUCAUCACAAACAACUCUGAACUUGUUUCCAGCAGUAUCGGAUACUUCAGCAAUGCAAAUGUCUAAACCACUCCAGAAAUCUCCAUCUACCAAAGUUAAAGUCAGGAAUGAGAGUUUGACAUUUCCUGUAACUUCCUUUGGUGCCUGUUCAGCUUCAGUCCUAGAGAUUGAAAAUCCAGGUGAAAAAGAAAUUACAUGGCACAUCUCAUCACUUGCUCCAGCAUAUGUCAAGGGUGUUGACAAUAAAGGGGAAGUGUAUAGAGCUAACUAUUCGGCCUUUAACUGGUCUCAUUUGUCUGGGACGCUAGAGCCUCUUGGUAAAACUGAGGUUGUAGUAAAAUUCGUCCCUCAGGCGAAAGGAAAUUAUGUUCAGUUUUGGCAUCUGGUAUGCUGUCCAGUUAAUGAGUCACAUAAGAAUCAUAAGAUUCAAAUCCAGCUUUCGGGACAGGGUAAACAUGAAGAAGCAGCAGCAUCAGCAUGCAAAAAUACAAAAAAAUCACUUACUGCUACGAAAACAGAGAGUGCAGUGAAGACAAAAAAGAUCACUUUUGAAACUUCUACUAAGAACGUCAGCAUGGAGAUGAAAAAGCAAAAGGGUGUUCAUGCAGCUGUUGAUGUUUAUACAUUUCCUUGUACCCGUGUUGGACAUUCUAGCUCUGUAAAGGUGAAUUUGAUGAACGCUUCCUCUUCUGAUCAUAUGCUGAAAUUUAAACCUCCAAAAGGACCGUUUCGCAUUAAGCUAUCGGAGUAUGUACUGUGUGUACGGCGCUACCUCCAUUUACCUGUGCACUUCCAUCCAAGGUCCCCAGGGAUGUAUGAAGAAGUACUCCAGAUAGAAAGUGACACGUGUAGGAACAUCCAAAUCAAGCUUACCGGUGAAUGUUGUGUUUGAGUGUGUAAUAUAUUAUUAAGGAGACGGUGUCUGGAAAUUUUUACGUAAAUAUUUUGUAUGAAUUUGUAUUUUUAAUUGUAAAAAAAAAAAAUAAUAAAGAAUUUUUUUUAUAAGUCUA